AUGAGUAACUCAGAAGAAAUAGAUGAAGGAAACGAAGAUUUUAAAAAAGUAUAUGAUAGAAUAGUAAUAAAAAACAGAGUAUUAAAUGAAAAAGAUAAAAAUCAUAUAAAUAAUAUAUUUGAGAUAAGUAAAAUUAAUGAUUACAACUUAAUUAUGUAUUAUGAAUAUAUAUUAAAGUUGUCUUUUUUUAGUAGUAAUGUGAAUAUUUUAAAUAUGUAUAAAUUAGUUAAAUCUCAUUAUGAAAAAAAAUUCGAAGAAGUAGCAAAAUGCUUAAAGAGCAAUAUAUUAAUUAGCUUACUAGAUACUAAUGGAAUUGACACAAAUGGAAAUGUAAUUGAAUAUUUUUUAAAAAAUUAUGAUCAAAUAAAUAAAUUUGAAUAUAUAAUUGGAAACGCAAAUUAUCCAUUAGGAUUUGAAAAGAACACUAAUGGCAUAUUUCAAGUUUUUUUAUUUAAAAUUAUUCCUAACAAAACUCUUUUAUUAAAUAAAAAUAAUUAUCAUUUUAUGAUGAAAGAAGAAAUACCUCAUAAUUAUGAUUCUAUUGCUAUAGAGAAAAGUUUAUAUUAUGAAAAGAAUAAUUCACAGGAAAAAAAAAACAGUUAUAAAAAAAAUAAUAAUAGUACAUAUAUAAAUAGUAAUGGAUAUUAUAGUUAUAUAUAUAAAGUAAAAAGUUCAGAACAAAUACUACCUUUAUAUUUAAUUGAAUUUGAAUUCAAAUGUUUGCGUAUUGAUGUUAGCAUUCCUUCAUGUGAAUAUUGUUAUACUGCCAAAGCAAUAUUCUAUUGUUAUAAUGACAAAGCUCAUUUGUGUGAUACUUGCGAUAUAAAACACCACGAAAAAAAUAAAAUUUUAAAAAACCAUAAGAGAAUUCAUGUAUCUGAAUCACCAUAUCAAUUUGGUAAAUGUCCCUAUCAUCCUCACGAAUUAUUAGAAAAUGUUUGUAUGAAAUGUUUCUGUAGUCUCUGUUCAAAUUGCUUAUUGAUAGGUAAUCAUUCCAGUAUCAGUCAUCGCAAUCAUCCAAUAACAAACAUAAAAGAUGCCUUUGUUUUGUCAAAUAGAAAGAUGUCUAUAAGUGAAAUAAAUUUAGAAAAUAGAAAAUCAAGAAUACUAAAUUUAUUAAAAAAGAAACAUAAGCUAUUAUCUGAAAUUUAUUCUAAUUAUGCAUCUUUGCAAAAGAGAAUUGAUACUUUGUAUAAAUAUAUUAUAAAUGAAUUAAAGACAGUAAAAAAAAAAAAAGUAGAUUUCUUAAUGGCUCUUAAAAGAUCUAUUUUAUCUGAAUUAUUAGUUAUUGAAUGGGUAGAAGCUUUUUUCUUUCAUACCAAGUUAUCUUUGAAUUUAUCAGAUUUUAUUUCAUAUCAAAAAAAACAUGAUCUUCUUACUCAUUUCUUAACAUUAAAAGAAAAAGAAAUAAAUUUAGUCAAAUAUACUCCUCAAUGGAUUUUUCAGAAAGUUUUUAUUCAUUCUAACUUAUAUAUUUAUGAGGAUAAUUUUUACAAAUUAAAUUUAAGUAAUAAUAAAAACUUAGAUUUAAUGAUAAAAGAUAAAAAAAAUAAAGAAAAUAUCUUAAAAAUUAAUGAAAAUAAAUUAGAAUCUAUUUAUAAUUUCAGUAAUAUAUUUAACAAUAAAAAUAUGCACUUAGGAUUAUAUGAAGAUAUGAAGUUAAGUAACAUAUCAAAUGGACUAGGUAAAGAAGAUGAAAAUAUAAAAUAUUCUAAAUUAAUUUCUAAAGAUAACAAAAAUGAUUAUUUUUCAACAGAAAAAAAUAUUUACGAUAUAAAUGAAAAUGAUAUAAUAAAGGAAAUACAUGAAGAUAAAAUUCUAGGAGAUAAUGAUAAAUUAUUUAAUAAAUAUGAAAUAAAUAAGCAAAAUAUUGAUGAAAUUAUUAAAAUAAAAAAUAGUUAUUCUUUUACUAAUGAGAUAACUAAUGAUAAAUUAGAGAGUUGCAAUUUUCUCUUUAGAAUUUUCAAGAAUGAAAAAUUAUUAGAAAAAUCAGUUUUAAAAAAUUCUUAUGUUUGUAAUGAGUUAUGGAAAAAUUUCUUAAAUUACAAAUAUAUAAAUAUAAUACAUAUUUUAAAAGUAAGGUAUAGUUAUAAUACAUUAGAAUUAAUUUCCUCUUUUUUAAAUAUAUCAAAUUAUUAUGAUAGCUUAGAAGAUUUUGUUAAACAUAUAAUUAAACAUGAAAUAUAUACUCUGUUACAUAAGAAUAUUGAUUAUCACACGAAAAUAAAGGUUACCCAAUUAUUAGAUAAUGUUACUACUUUACUGUGCAUUCAAAAUUUAAAAUUAUCAUUUAUUAUUGAUAAACAUGUACAAAUGUGUUUUUCUGAGAUAGAAAAAAAUGAAAAGAAACUUUUAAUAGAUAUUGAAAAUAUAAAAAAUGAUAAUGAUGAAUUAUAUAAAGCAUUUUUAGAUCAAAAAGAAAAAUGUAAAUUAAAUACAAAAAAUAAAAAUUCCGAAAAUGUAAAACUAAAAAAAAAUAAUUUCAUUGAGGAAUUAGAAAAUGAAUUAAAUAAUGAACAACAAAUAAAAGAAAAUCAAGAAAAUGAGCUCAAUAACAUAGAAAAUGGAAAUCAAAUGUUAUCAAAAGAGCAUAACAUAUUAGAAGAAGAAAAAUCAUUAACAAAUGAUAAAUGGUUAAAAGAUAAGCUUCAAAAAAAAAUUAAUGAAGACGUAUAUAAAAAAGAAAAGGAAGAAUUGUCAAUGUUAAAAAAAAUUAAAGAAUAUAUGUAUGUUUAUAUAGAAAAACUAAUAAAUGAUAUAACAAAUAUAGCACAUAAAGAUUUAAAUGAAAGUAUACGAUUUUUAUUUUAUUUAAUACAUGACGAAAUUGAUGGGAUAAAUAAGAAUAAAAUAAAUGAAAAAAAGUUAAGCAUACAUACUUUAACAUUAUGUUUAGAUUUAUUUAUUAAUUCUAUUAUAUACCCAUAUAUAUUUUAUGUUCAUGAACAAAAUAUAAAUAAAUCUCUAAUUAAAAAUAGCUUAUACAAAAAGGUUAUAAUUAUAUUUGGUCAAACACUAAGAGAAAUUUCCAUUUUUAUUUUUCAAAUAUACAAUUUGGGUAUGUAUGAUAAUAAUAUAAAAGUUUUUAUAAAUAAUAUUAAAAAUAAUAAAUUACUAAAGAAUAAAAUGACUAAUGAAAAUAUGUUUUUUCUAGAUGUUUCUCAAAGGCUUUUUAAUUGGAUUAUUAAAAACUUAGAAUCACCACGUUAUUAUUCUCCACUUAAAUGGAAUUUUAAUGAACAAAUAGAAAAAAGCUAUCAAAGAAUAGCAAGAGAAAUUAUAAAUAUUGACAAAUCAUCGGAAGCUUUUUGUAUUAAUGAAAAUGUAGAUUAUAAUAUAUUGUUUAGUACAAAAAAUUUUAAAGAUAUUUUAACACUUUGCUAUUCCUUAACAGGUGAUACUUGA